GGACUGUCCAGGGAUGGAAAUGGAUCCGCAGUCUCCGGUAUUUCCUCUGAGACGCAAAUAAAAGCUGUGGGUUGAUGAGCGAUAGAUACACUGUAUCCAUACUCGGGGUGUUUCUUGUUUGAAUAUCAAUCUUCUUCAAUCAUGGUUAAAAUGAAAUUGUCUGUGUGCUGCCAUAUUGGAAUCGAGUUCUUUGAGUUCCUGAAGGAGAGUGGUCGAGCAUCCAUCACAGACAGGCUUGAACUGAGAGACAUUUACAACGCAGAGUUCAGGAGCAGGAAUCCGGGGACCAAAGAUCCAAACUUCGGGUCAGUACUCUACGCCCUGAAGGGCUCCAAUAAAAUAAAACGACGAGGGGACACAAUUCGCUUCAACUCCACGGUCACAACUCUCUUUCUGGACCAGUGGCAUUCACCAAGGGGCCGUCGGCUAGAACCAGUACAGAGUGGAGCAGCCAGUCCCACAACAGUACAGGCCUACACCUCCGAAGAUCAUGCAGAGACGGGAGUUCGAGUCCGGAGGAAACUGGCGAGCCUUCUGAUGAACAGACUGAAGAUAGACAGGGCUCAGUUCAUCUCUGACAAACAAGGUAUCUGCAUCGACUCCGACCAUCAGUUUGAGAACGGGAAACUUUGCUUGCGUGUUGAUCGCUCAUGUGAGUGCGUGGUAAACCUGAACGUGAGGAACACUGGAACAGAACCUGUGUAUUUCACCUACUACACCCCACUGCACUGGCUCAGGGACUUCAUCCUGAAGGAUGAGCACAAGGUGACCAAGACAAACCCUUUGUGUUUACAACCAGGUGACACAUAUGAAGUCCAGGUCAACUUCCGCUGCAGUUUGGUUGGUUUCUAUCCAGCGACAUUGGCCUUUGAAUUCAAACCAGACUUGCAGCCCUCCACCGCUGCAUUCCACAUUGUGCGCUUCAUUGAGGCUCAUUGUAGGACUGCCUUAGGACUGGAGCUGGCACCUGUAGCCCCCUACAAACCCCGCUCCCUCCCUGCCUGGACGCCUCAGGGAAAUUACACCAUAGUGGAUGGACAGCGACCUGAAGGGCUGUCCGUGAUGCAGCUACAAAAUGUGAUUGAGCUAAAAAAGUAUCAAAUACCAGCAUACAUUAACCAGCUCAUCCAGUCACUGAAGCAGUCUACUUACUGCGACAAAAGAGCUUUGCUGGAAAGUCCCCUCAGCUGGGAGGACUACACUGAGAAGUUUCAACUGCUGCUGUAUCUGGAGGACCGUCAGAUGGAGGUGGACAUCAAGCGGUACAACAUCACCAAUAGUGAAAAAGAACACGCCGUCAUGCGGAGAGAUGUGGUCAACAAGAAACUUCUCAUUCUGGAGGUACCUGGGGUGUCUGAGAACCGCCCGUCUGUGCUGCGAGGGGAUUCGCUGCUGGCGUAUCCUGCAGGAGAAACGGGGGUGAAGUACCGCGGCUACGUCCACAGUGUGCAGCUGGACAGUGUCAAACUCGGCUUUGGGUCAAAAUUGCUGGAUCGCUUUGUAGAUGGCAUGAAGUUCAAUGUUGAGUUCACCAUCAACCGCCUGGUGGUGCGCGUUCAGCACCGAGCAGCAGAGCUGGCAGCGACAUUCCGACUGGGACAGGUGUUGUUCCCUGCUGCACCUGCAGACUCCUCCCAGCAAACUGAGCUUCCUCAACUCAGGCUGUUUGACUCAAAGCUGGAAAAAAACCCAGAGCAGUAUCAGGCUGUACAACACAUUGUAGCUGGCUCAUCCAAACCUGCCCCUUACCUGGUGUUUGGCCCACCUGGAACAGGGAAAACUGUGACUCUGGUGGAGGCCAUCAAGCAGAUAGAGAAGACCCAGGCCUCCUGCCACAUCCUGGCCUGCGCUCCCUCCAACAGCGCUGCCGAUCUGCUCUGCAAGAAGAUUCUGGAGCACGUAGACGAUCAUAAAGUGUUCCGCAUGUACGCCAGCAGUCGUGCUCCAAAUUACGUCCCUGAUGAACUAAAGGCAUGCUCUAACCUCGUAGGGGAGUGUUACGUUUUUCCUGUUAAAGAGAAGCUGAUGGAGUAUAGGAUCAUGGUCACCACCCUGAUAACCGCUGGAAGGCUGGUCACAGGAGACAUUCCUGUUGGUCACUUCACUCACGUGUUUGUGGACGAGGCGGGACACGCUGUGGAGACUGAAUGUUUAGUCCCAUUGGCAGGGCUGCUCGAUGCAGAAUCUGGUCAGGUGGUUCUGGCCGGAGACCCCAAGCAGCUCGGACCCAUUCUCAGAUCCCCUUUUACACUGAAAUACAGCAUGGGAGUGUCCCUCUUGGAGCGCCUGAUGAAGGAUUUCUCUCUGUACCGGAAGGACGAGGGCGUGUUCAACAGUCGCUUCGUCACCAAACUGCUUCGCAACUACAGGUCCCAUCCGGCCAUUCUGAAGGUUCCCAACGAGCUCUUCUAUGAUGAAGAGCUGCAGUGUUGCGCAGAUGAAAUGUUGCGCAACUCCUACUGCAGAUGGGAAUACCUCAAGAAGAUGGACUUCCCAGUGAUCUUCCGAGGUGUGACCGGUAUUGACGAGCGUGAGGCCAGCAGUCCUUCCUUCUUCAACGUAGCAGAGGUGGAGGUGCUCAUGGACUAUGUGAGGAAACUGCUGCAGACAGAUGGCAAGAAGGGCCUGGCUACCCUCUCCCCCAGAGACAUAGGCAUCAUCGCUCCCUACAGGAAACAGGUGCAGAAAAUCCGCAAGGCUCUGAAAGAAGUGGAGAAAAACUUUAAAUUUAAGAACAUGGACGGCCUAAAGGUUGGUUCGGUGGAGGAGUUCCAAGGUCAGGAGAGGAGAGUGAUCAUGGUGUCCACAGUUCGGAGCAGCCCCAACUACGUGGAGAUAGACAAACAGUUCAACCUCGGCUUCGUCAAGAAUGAGAAGAGAUUCAACGUGGCUGUGACUCGAGCUAAAGCUCUGCUUAUCGUGGUGGGGAACCCCAGAGUGCUGAACACAGAUCCUACCUGGGCCCGAUUCAUCCAGUACUGUCGAGAUGAAGGCGGCUACGACGGUUAUGAGCAGCUAGAGGAAGAUUUGGACGUGGUGGAGAGACUCGCUGCCCUCUCCAUCAACUUUGAUAUCCACGUGGAGACUGCAGAGAGCGCUGUUCAGCAGCAUCUGGACCCCGAGUGGAGGAGCGACCUGUGAGGGAAAUGAGUACAAUCUUCCAUCCGGAUUCAUUUUGCAUCCAGGUUUCAAGACAAGAUUUUACAUUAUUAAUACAAUUCUUCAAUAAGGGCUUAAUGUCACGUUACUCAUUAUUCACAAACAAAUAAAGCAUUCCAAUAGGCUGUUUUAAUGUCAGCUAUAUGAACUUGACUAAAGACCCUAAAUAACAGGGAGCUGAUUUAUAUUUAGAGCAGUUAGUCUUCAGCUACCUCAUUGGACUGCACAAAUGCACCUUGACUUUAAAAUGGCUUUGUACCUCGUUAAAGUCACAGAAAUUAUUCAGACUUGAUUCUUCAGUUUUAAAAACAUACAAAAAGUUACAAGUCUUAGUUAAUUGCUCAUUUUGAACUUUGCUCUGUGUACCUGUGCUAUUUUAUAAUCAUGAAAUGGUCUCUAUGUCUAUGUGUACAAUUUUGGAAUCACUAUUACAAAAUAAAAUGUUUAAAUAAG